AUGUCAGGCUUAGACCUUGCAAAAUUUAGAGAAGCCCUGGACAAGGUAAAGACGGAUGUUGGAGUAUUACAGAAACACCAACUUAUGGUGUUGGAAGAUCCAGUGGAUGAUGAGUCUAAAGGUGAAAUCCCAUUGCUUGAUCUUACUGAGGAACCAGUGAAGAAAAAGAAGAAAAAGGGUGAGAAAAAGGGAAAGGGUAAGAAAGAAAGGCCUAAUAGUGAUGAAGAAAGAAAAAAAGAGAAGAGGGCAAGAAAAAAGGCUGAAAAAAAGGAGAGGAAGAAGGCAAUGAUUGAGUCCUUAAUUGAUAAUAAGAAAUCUGAGGCAGCCAUCCGAGCGAGAGUCGUAGGUGCCUCAAUGAGUUGGCCCUCAACAACCGCUGGUCAAGAUAGAUUAGAAAGAAGGGAGACUCCUAAUGUAGAAAAGGCAGCUGAGGAUGUAGCAACAGGGUCAGGGACCCAUGAUUUCUGUGCUUAA